GGGAAAACGCGGCCCGCAUCCGGCCAGUGGGAGUGCGGGAGCGCGAGACGAGCUAGCAAGGGGGGGCCCAUUGGAUGCUGUGCCAGAUAACAACCCCCGUCACAACAAACAGGCAGCUGCAUCCCACCUCCAUAACCUGGCCCCCCCAGCGGCAUGCAGGACAAGCUUCGCUGCACGCACAGCCUCGCCUCGACAAUGUCCCGCUUACGGCCUUGGCGAAGCCCCCUUGGCAGGGCCCAUUUACAUGCGCGCGCAUCGCCUGCCUUCCAUCGCGUUUUUUUUUUUUUUGUUCCCUUGCCCUCCCAAACUCGGGCGAGUCUAGCUGUAUUCCAGCCUGUUCCACGCCUGCGCCGUCACCGAUCGGUGCCAGCGACUUAGCGCACGCCACAGGGCCAGGUCAUCACAUCAGGGCUGAGUGAGCGACAACACGGCUUAGCCCAAACAACCGUUCUAACCAAUACGAAACUGGACAUGUCCAGCUAGGUGUCAGGGAGGAUCCUCAGCCAACCGCCCGGUUCCGCCGUUGUCCGGCGAUAACACCAGCGCCCGCCGCAUCCUAUUCACAUCUCGGGGGCUUUUUUUCUUCUUCUUCUUCUCCUCUCGUUUGCUCCUCCGGACAUCUCUUCUCUGCCCAAGAUGGCGGUCCCACCAGCAUCACCGGCCCUGUCAACCCGAACGCCAUCGCGAGAUCGAAGACCCCUCCACGAAAAAUCCCCCAAGAUCACCCUGACGGCGAGGCUGCCGACGCACAGGGACGAAGUCGACAUUGCGAACGGGACCUCGGCGGCCACGACGACGGGCAGCAUCAACCCGCUCAGGGCGUACCACGACGAGCAGAACAACCGGUUGCAUCUACACCCCACGGCCACGAACCCGAUGCCGUCGCCGCAGCAGCAGCAGCAGCAGCAGCAGCAGAACCUCGCGCUGAAGCGGACGCGCAGCAUGCCGCCCUUCCUCCGUCCCGAGGGCGAGAGCGGCCGCAACGGUUUCCACCUGAUGCAGUUCCUGCGGAUCAUCUGGCGCUCGUCAAACAUCGUGUCCAGCUACGUCAACAUUCUGUGGCCCGUCGUCCCUGCGGCCCUGACCAUCACAUAUGCGCGCCCGGACUGGCACCUUACCAUCUUCAUACUGUCCUACAUCUCCAUGGUGCCAUGCGCCAAUCUAGUGGGCUUCGCGGGGCAAGAGCUCGCGCGCAAAGUGGCUCAUGUCUACGGUGUUCUCAUAGAAACAGGCUUUGGUAGCAUUGUCGAGGUCAUUCUGUUCCUCGUGCUGCUCGUCAACCCGUCGAACCUCGUCCCCGUCAUCCAGGCUGCCAUCUUGGGGUCCAUCCUGGCAACCAUGCUGCUCUGCCUGGGCCUCUGCUUCAUUGCUGGCGGCCUCAGGAGGGAAGAGACGGAGCACAACGAGGCCAUCAGCGAGGCGGGAGCUGGACUGCUUCUCACGGCCGGCCUCGGCCUGGCCAUUCCCGCAAUCUUCAAAAAGUCGCUGGCCGGCGGGGGCCUGGUCACGGACGAGGAGCUCGCCGGGCGCGUGCUGAGCGUGUCCCGCGGCACAUCCAUGCUGCUGGUGCUGGCCUACCUCGUAUUCGUGUGGUUCCAGGCCAAAACCCACCACGGCAUCUACGACGCCAUCUUUGAGGAGGACGAGAAGCGCGACGUGGACCGGCCGCGGGACCUGAAGAAGAACAAGCUGACAGUGCUGGAGUGCGCCGUCGCGCUCAUCAUCGCGCUCGCGCUCGUCACCCUCAUCGCCAUCACGCUCGUGAAGCAGAUCGAGCACAUCGUCAUCGAGCGCGGCAUCUCGGACGCCUUUAUGGGCCUCAUCCUCGUGCCCCUGGUCGAGAAGGCGGCCGAGCACCUGACGGCCGUGGACGAGGCCUGGGACGACCAGAUGAACUUUGCCCUCAGCCACGUCCUAGGCGCCACGCUCCAGACGGCCCUGUUCAACGCCCCCCUCAUCGUCAUCGUCGGCUGGAUCAUCCACAAGCCCAUGGGGCUCGACUUUCAGAUCUUUGACAUUGCCAUGCUGCUCAUCGCCAUCGUCGUCGUCGGAAACUUUCUCCGGGAUGGGAAAACCAACUACCUCGAGGGCGCGCUUUGUGUGAUUGUCUACAUCGCCAUCGCCGUUGCCGCCUACAACUACCCUAACCCGCCUCACCCGGUCAAAGGCCACUGACCUGUGGCAUGGUUUCCUUUGGAGUUUUGGGGUAGCUUUGUGUUUAAUGUAUUUACUUGGCCAUUUCAAUGUGUGCUUCCCUGCAUGCAUUUAUUAUGCCUGGCCCUCCGCUGCCGUGAACUCAUAUGCUCCUGAUUGCUUUGCGUGUCACAGCCGCGGGUCAACGAUUGGAGGUUCAUAGCUCUCAAAGGGAUUUAAUUCUUGCUCUUUAUAUUCUCAGCCUAAACUCCGUUUUUCCCGGUUCCCGAAAAAUGCGUAAGAUGAAGCUAGCCUUGAGACAGAAACGAGAUACUCGAUGGUAC